ACUCCCAUUCAGUGAGUCAGGGGUACAGAUCCAACAAACUCCCACCUACAUCAAAAUUCAGGCAAAACUGGGACUCACAGCCGUCUGGAAUCUGGACGAUUCUUUUCUGGUAGAACUUGACAUGAAGUUCAAAAACCAAACCUGUGGACUUUGUGGAGACUUCAAUGGAGUCCAGCUCUACAACGAGUUCUUUAGCCAUGGAGUGAAAAUAUCCCCACUGGAGUUUGUGGGUUUCUGGAAAAUGGAUGGUCCAACUGAAAGCUGCUCAGUCUACAAACAAACAUCCUCCCAAAGCUGCAACAACAUGAAACCACUGUGUGAGCAGAUUCUCACAGGACCAGCCUUCAACAGCUGUCGUAGCCUGCUGGAUGUUACGUCCUUCACCUCAGCUUGUGCCUUAGAUAUCUGCAACUGUGGCAACAGCUCAGACAGUCGUUCAGACCUCUUCUGCCUGUGUGAUACUGUGUCUGAGUUCUCCAGACAGUGUGUGCAUGCUGGGGGCAAACCACUCAGCUGGAGAACACAGGAGCUGUGCUUUAAGUCAUGUCCCUCCAAUAUGGAGUAUCAGGAGUGUGGAAGCCCCUGUGCUGAUACCUGCUCCAACCCAGAGGCGAGCAGCACCUGUGACAGCCACUGCAUGGAUGGAUGCUUCUGUCCCGCAGGUAUGGUUCUGGAUGAUUUAAAUGGAAGAGGCUGUGUUCCACUCAGCAAUUGUUCCUGCAGCUACAACGGCAAAACAUAUGAACCCGGAGCGUCGUACUCAAGCAGCUGCAAACAAUGUGUUUGUGAGAGCGGUCAGUGGAAGUGUAAGGAGGAGAACUGUCCUGGAACCUGUUCUGUGGAGGGAGGAGCCCACAUCAACACUUUUGAUGACAAAGUCUACACCUUCCAUGGAGACUGCUCCUACGUACUGGCUAAGGACUGUGGUGGAGACAAGUUUGUGAUACAGGGCGAACUGCAACAAUGUGGACUGACUGACAGCGAAACCUGCUUUAAAUCAGUUACCAUGGGGAUAUCAGGAGGCGCUAAUGUGAUCAGUAUCCAAGCUAACGGCAAAGUGUUUCUGAAUGGCAUCUACGCUCAGUUACCGUUUUCUUCUGUUGGGAUUUCUGCCUUUCGAGGAUCCUCCUUCUAUGUGCUUGUACAGACAUCUACUGGUGUGUUACUGGAAGUGCAGCUGCAGCCAGUCAUGCAGCUUUACAUCACACUCACAAGCUCAUACCGGACCAAGACCUGCGGUCUGUGUGGGAACUUCAACAGCAAUCAAGCAGAUGACUUUCUUAAGCUCAGCGGUGUUCCAGAUGCCACAGCAGCCGGUUUUGUUAAUAGCUGGAAGACACGCGCAAGCUGUGCUGACAUUAAAAGUAGUUUUGAGAACCCGUGCAGUCUGAGUCUGGACAAUGAAAAGUAUGCUCAGCACUGGUGUUCCAUGCUGACUGAUCCUCAGGGGGUGUUUGCUCCGUGUCACUUAGAGAUCAGCCCCGAGCCUUACAAAGACAAUUGCAUGUAUGACAGCUGUAACUGUGAGAAAAGUGAGGAUUGCAUGUGUGCCGCAGUAUCUUCCUAUGUCCAUACCUGUGCAGCUGCAGGGAUUCAGAUCAGUGACUGGCGAGGGACCAUCUGUGGAAAGUACGCAAAUUCCUGCCCCAGCAACAUGGUCUACUCUGACCACAUCACGGCCAGCGGGCGCAGCUGCCGUUGCAUCGAGGGAACCUACGUGGACGAUUCUGGGAAGUGUGUGCCGCUGAAGGACUGUCCGUGCUUUGACAAGGGCUCUGUGGUUCCUCCUGGUCAGGUCAUAAACAAGGACGGGGCCAUGUGCACCUGUAAGGAAGGUAAACUCAGCUGCAUCGGACAGAUUGAAGAUCAGCCGUCGGCCUGUACUCCUCCCAUGCUGUUCUUCAACUGUUCCUCUGGUGGCCCCGGGGCAAAGGAACCGAGUGUGAGCACAGAGUGUGUUUCUGGCUGUAAGUGUCCAAAUGGGAUGAUAUCUGAUGCAGGAAGCUGCAUCAAGCCAGAGCAAUGUUCCUGUGUUCACAACGGGAUUUCCUACAGUCCUGGACAGACCAUCAAAGUGGACUGCAACACCUGCACGUGUAAAGACAGAAAGUGGCAGUGUACGAGCAACCAGUGCGACGCCACCUGCUCGGUCUAUGGUGCUGGACAUUAUGUAACUUUUGAUCAGAAGCGCUUCACUUUCGAUGGAAGCUGUGAUAUGUACUCACUCAGGACUACUGUGGCAGUGUCCAGACUAACAGUAGCUUCAGAGUCAUCACUGAGAACGUUCCCUGUGGAACCACAGGAACCAGCUGCUCAAAGAACAAUCAAGAUCUUUCUGGGGAGUGCAGAAUUGAUUCUGACAGAGGGAAGCUACCAGCUACUUUCAAGUGGAAAUGAAGAAACGGUUCCAUUCCGUUAUAGAACGGUGGGCAUCUACCUGGUUAUUGAAGCCAACAAUGGGCUCAUUCUUAUGUGGGACAGAAAGACCAGCCUGUUCAUCAAGCUCAGCCCUAAAUAUAAGGGGCGUGUUUGUGGGCUGUGUGGGAACUAUGACAACACUGCAAACAAUGACUUUACAACAAGGUGCCAUGCUGUGGUAGUCAACCCGCUGGUGUUUGGGAACAGCUGGAAGGAUUCCCCGAGCUGCCCGGAUGUUGAAAACAUCACAAACCCCUGCAGAGCAAACCCAUAUAGACAGUCGUGGUCCCAGAAACAGUGCAGCAUCAUCCAGAGUGAAAUCUUCUCUGCCUGCCACUCCACAGACUGUGGUGGAGACAAGUUUGUGAUACAGGGCGAACUGCAACAAUGUGGACUGACUGACAGCGAAACCUGCUUUAAAUCAGUUACCAUGGGGAUAUCAGGAGGCGCUAAUCUGGUCACAGGCAAAAAGCUUGAGCUGAGUCCAUUCUAUCCUGGGCAAUUCUGGCAUGUUCUGGACCUAGUGGAACAUCUGGUGAUCAGUAUCCAAGCUAACGGCAAAGUGUUUCUGAAUGGCAUCUACGCUCAGUUACCGUUUUCUUCUGUUGGGAUUUCUGCCUUUCGAGGAUCCUCCUUCUAUGUGCUUGUACAGACAUCUACUGGUGUGUUACUGGAAGUGCAGCUGCAGCCAGUCAUGCAGCUUUACAUCACACUCACAAGCUCAUACCGGACCAAGACCUGCGGUCUGUGUGGGAACUUCAACAGCAAUCAAGCAGAUGACUUUCUUAAGCUCAGCGGUGUUCCAGAUGCCACAGCAGCCGGUUUUGUUAAUAGCUGGAAGACACGCGCAAGCUGUGCUGACAUUAAAAGUAGUUUUGAGAACCCGUGCAGUCUGAGUCUGGACAAUGAAAAGUAUGCUCAGCACUGGUGUUCCAUGCUGACUGAUCCUCAGGGGGUGUUUGCUCCGUGUCACUUAGAGAUCAGCCCCGAGCCUUACAAAGACAAUUGCAUGUAUGACAGCUGUAACUGUGAGAAAAGUGAGGAUUGCAUGUGUGCCGCAGUAUCUUCCUAUGUCCAUACCUGUGCAGCUGCAGGGAUUCAGAUCAGUGACUGGCGAGGGACCAUCUGUGGAAAGUACGCAAAUUCCUGCCCCAGCAACAUGGUCUACUCUGACCACAUCACGGCCAGCGGGCGCAGCUGCCGUUGCAUCGGUGUCUCCGAUCUCCUCUGUCAUGCCUCCUUCCCACCCAUCGAUGGGUGUGUCUGCGCAGAGGGAACCUACGUGGACGAUUCUGGGAAGUGUGUGCCGCUGAAGGACUGUCCGUGCUUUGACAAGGGCUCUGUGGUUCCUCCUGGUCAGGUCAUAAACAAGGACGGGGCCAUGUGCACCUGUAAGGAAGGUAAACUCAGCUGCAUCGGACAGAUUGAAGAUCAGCCGUCGGCCUGUACUCCUCCCAUGCUGUUCUUCAACUGUUCCUCUGGUGGCCCCGGGGCAAAAGGAACCGAGUGUGAGAAGAGCUGCAAUACAUUAGACAUGGCCUGUGUGAGCACAGAGUGUGUUUCUGGCUGUAAGUGUCCAAAUGGGAUGAUAUCUGAUGCAGGAAGCUGCAUCAAGCCAGAGCAAUGUUCCUGUGUUCACAACGGGAUUUCCUACAGUCCUGGACAGACCAUCAAAGUGGACUGCAACACCUGCACGUGUAAAGACAGAAAGUGGCAGUGUACGAGCAACCAGUGCGACGCCACCUGCUCGGUCUAUGGUGCUGGACAUUAUGUAACUUUUGAUCAGAAGCGCUUCACUUUCGAUGGAAGCUGUGAAUAUGUACUCACUCAGGACUACUGUGGCAGUGUCCAGACUAACAGUAGCUUCAGAGUCAUCACUGAGAACGUUCCCUGUGGAACCACAGGAACCAGCUGCUCAAAGAACAUCAAGAUCUUUCUGGGGAGUGCAGAAUUGAUUCUGACAGAGGGAAGCUACCAGCUACUUUCAAGUGGAAAUGAAGAAACGGUUCCAUUCCGUUAUAGAACGGUGGGCAUCUACCUGGUUAUUGAAGCCAACAAUGGGCUCAUUCUUAUGUGGGACAGAAAGACCAGCCUGUUCAUCAAGCUCAGCCCUAAAUAUAAGGGGCGUGUUUGUGGGCUGUGUGGGAACUAUGACAACACUGCAAACAAUGACUUUACAACAAGGUGCCAUGCUGUGGUAGUCAACCCGCUGGUGUUUGGGAACAGCUGGAAGGAUUCCCCGAGCUGCCCGGAUGUUGAAAACAUCACAAACCCCUGCAGAGCAAACCCAUAUAGACAGUCGUGGUCCCAGAAACAGUGCAGCAUCAUCCAGAGUGAAAUCUUCUCUGCCUGCCACUCCACAGUGGAUCCUGCUCCAUACUACGACGCCUGUGUGUUUGACUCCUGUGCGUGUGACACUGGUGGAGACUGUGAAUGUUUCUGCACAGCUGUGGCUGCUUACGCUGAGUCCUGUAAUCAAGCUGGAAUCUGUAUACAAUGGAGAACACCAAAGAUCUGCCCACUCUUCUGUGAUUAUUACAAUCCCCCCGGUGAAUGUGAGUGGCACUACAUGCCGUGUGGAUUUCCUUGUAUGAAAACCUGCAGGAACCCCUCAGCCAUCUGCUCCACACAGAUUCCUCCUCUGGAAGGUUGCUAUCCAACAUGUCCACCUGCUCAGCCAUACUUUGAUGAGGACACAAUGAAAUGUGUCUCCAAAGAACAUUGUGGCUGCUAUGACAAGGACGGAAAGCACUAUAAUAAUGGUGACAACGUGCCCACAGCUGAAAAUUGUCAAACAUGUACAUGCAAUUCCAUGACCAUCCAAUGCCACUAUGACAGUCAAGCUUGUACAUGCACAUACAAUGGAAACAAGUAUCCCCCUGGCUACACCAUCUACAAUACAACAGAUGGACUUGGCAACUGCAUCACUGCAGUGUGUGGGAAGAAUGGUACUAUUGAUCGGAACGUAUUCCCAUGUCAAGUAACUACAGCAACAACGACACCCACUACAGUUACUCCAACAACCACUCAGCCACCUACCACUUUUGUGUUUUCAACGACCACACUAGAGCCAGUCACAGUCACAUGCACUCCAUGUGAAUGGUCACUUUGGUAUGACACCAGCUUUCCAACACUUGAAACACCUGGAGGAGACAGUGAAACCUAUGACAAGAUCAGAGAGGCAGGCCACAACAUAUGUGACAAACCAAGUCAGAUUCAAUGCAGAGCUGAGAAAUUCCCAAAUGUAACCAUUGAAAAUGUAGGACAAGUCGUGCAGUGUGACCUAGAUAAAGGAUUGACAUGCAGAAAUGAAGACCAGUCAGGACCUUUGGCCUUGUGCUUCAACUACCAAGUCAGAGUUCUAUGUUGUGACUAUAAUGCAUGUCCAACAACACCUCUGACAUCAACACCUCUGACAUCAACUCCAAUACCCCCUGAAGUAUCUACAACAGCAACAACUGAGUUUUCAACACCUUGUCAAGACACAUGCUACUGGUCACAGUGGAUAAACUCUGACUAUCCUGAAUAUGGCCAUGAAGGUGGUGACAAUGAAACUAUUGGACACAUCAUUCAGAAAGGAUAUGACAUAUGUGAGAAGCCAGUAGCUGUGGAAUGUCAGGCUGAGCAUUAUCCAGGGAUUCCAAUAAACAAACUCGGUCAAAUUGUAGAAUGUAACAACAAGAUUGGACUUCUAUGUCAAAACAAACUGCAGUACCCCCCUAUAUGCUUGAACUAUGAAAUAAGAGUAAAAUGUUGCAAGACAGGGCAGUGCAGCACAACAUCCAAUCCUACAACAAAAACAAGUACAGUUCUGCCUCCAAAAACUACAGCUACCCAUUCAACUACAACUGAAACAACUACAACUCAGCCACCAACAACUACAACAGAAACAACUACAACUCAGCCACCAACAACUACAACUGUAACAACUACAACUCAGUCAUCAACAACUACAACUGAAACAACUGCUACACCAGUGACAGCAACCACUACUCUUUUGCCUUCAACUCCAAUCCCAACAGCUUGCCCUGGGGGUGACAUUGUGACUUGUUAUUGGUCAUCAUGGAUCAAUGUUGGCCAACCCAGUUCAGGACCUAACGGUGGAGACAAUGAAUCUAUCAAGCAGAUAAUAUCUGAUGGAUAUGAUAUUUGUUCAUCUCCAGAAGAAGUCCAGUGUAGAGCUGCAAAGCACCCGGAUAUUCCCAUGUCAGAGUUGGGACAAAGUGUAACUUGCAACAAAGAUGUUGGACUACUAUGUAACAACAACCAGCAAGGCCUUCAGCAGCAGUGUUUUGACUAUGAGAUUAGAGUCAAGUGUUCUUGUCCUGGGGGUGACAUUGUGACUUGUUAUUGGUCAUCAUGGAUCAAUGUUGGCCAACCCAGUUCAGGACCUAAUGGUGGAGACAAUGAGUCUAUCAAGCAGAUAAUAUCUGAUGGCUAUGACAUUUGUUCAUCUCCAGAAGAAGUUCAGUGUAGAGCUGCAAAGCACCCGGAUAUUCCCAUGUCAGAGUUGGGACAAAGUGUAACUUGCAACAAAGAUGUUGGACUACUAUGCAACAACAACCAGCAAGGCCUUCAGCAGCAGUGUUUUGACUAUGAGAUUAGAGUCAAGUGUUGUCUGUGUCCAACACCUCCUCUUCCAACAACUCAGUCACCAACAACUACAAUUGAAACAACUACGACCCAGCCACCAACAACUACAGCUACACAUUCAACUACAACCGAAACAACUACAACUGAAACAACUACAACUCAGUCACCAACUACAACUGAAACAACUACAACUCAGUCACCAAUAACUACAACUGAAACAACUACAACUGAGUCGCCAACAACUACAACUGAAACAACUACAAUUGAAACAACUACAACUCAGACACCAAUAACGACAACUGAAACAACUACGACCCAGCCACCAACAACUACAACUGAAACAACUACAACUCAGCCACCAACAACUACAACAGAAACAACUACAACCCAGCCACCAACAACUACAACAGAAACCACUACAACUCAGCCACCAACAACUACAACAGAAACAACUACGACUCAGCCACCAACAACUACAACUGAAACAACUACGACUCAGCCACCAACAACUACAACUGUAAUAACUACAACUCAGCCACCAACAACUACAACUGAAACAACUACAACUCAGCCACCAACAACUACAACAGAAACAACUACAACUACAACCCAGCCACCAACAACUACAACAGAAACCACUACAACUCAGCCACCAACAACUACAACAGAAACAACUACAACCCAGCCACCAACAACUACAACAGAAACCACUACAACCCAGCCACCAACAACUACAACAGAAACCACUACAACUCAGCCACCAACAACUACAACUGAAACAACUACAACUCAGCCACCGACAACUACAACAGAAACCACUACAACUCAGCCACCGACAACUACAACAGAAACAACUACAACCCAGCCACCAACAACUACAACAGAAACCACUACAACUCAGCCACCAACAACUACAACAGAAACCACUACAACUCAGCCACCAACAACUACAACAGAAACAACUACAACCCAGCCACCAACAACUACAACAGAAACCACUACAACUCAGCCACCAACAACUACAACAGAAACCACUACAACUCAGCCGCCAACAACUACAACAGAAACCACUACAACUCAGCCACCAACAACUAUGACAGAAACAACUACAACUCAGCCACCAACAACUACAACAGAAACCACUACAACUCAGCCACCAACAACUACAACAGAAACCACUACAACUCAGCCACCAACAACUACAACUGAAACCACUACAACUCAGCCACCAACAACUACAACUGAAACCACUACAACUCAGCCACCAACAACUACAACAGAAACAACUACAACUCAGCCACCAACAACUACAACAGAAACAACUACAACUCAGCCACCAACAACUACAACUGAAACAACUACAACUCAGCCACCAACAACUACAACUGUAACAACUACAACUCAGUCAUCAACAACUACAACUGAAACAACUACAACUCAGCCACCAACAACUACAACAGAAACAACUACAACUCAGCCACCAACAUCUACAACUGAAACAACUACAACUCAGCCACCAACAACUACAACUGAAACAACUACAACUCAGCCACCAACAACUACAACUGUAACAACUACAACUCAGUCAUCAACAACUACAACUGAAACAACUGCUACACCAGUGACAGCAACCACUACUCUUUUGACUUCAACUCCAAUCCCAACAGCUUGCCCUGGGGGUGACAUUGUGACUUGUUAUUGGUCAUCAUGGAUCAAUGUUGGCCAACCCAGUUCAGGACCUGACAGUGGAGACAAUGAGUCUAUCAAGCAGAUAAUAUCUGAUGGCUAUGACAUUUGUUCAUCUCCAGAAGAAGUCCAGUGUAGAGCUGCAAAGCACCCGGAUAUUCCCAUGUCAGAGUUGGGACAAAUUGUAACUUGCAACAAAGAUGUUGGACUACUAUGCAACAACAACCAGCAAGGCCUUCAGCAGCAGUGUUUUGACUAUGAGAUUAGAGUCAAGUGUUGUGUGUGUCCAACACCUCCUCCUCCAACAACUCGGUCACCGACAACUUCAUCAACUGAGUUACCUAUAGUAACUGGUACACGUACAACAACAAUUCCAUCUACUCUUCCAGUAUUUUGCAAAUGCCAUUAUAAUGGUGAAGACUUCCUCCCUGGUUCCUUAAUCUACAAUGUGACCGAUCACGAUGGCCAUUGCUACACAGGUUACUGCGAUGAGAACUGUAAAGUCGUGGUCACACACUACACAUGUCUUUUUGAGUCUACACCUGCUCCAACUACACCUAAGACCACCACAAAACCCAUCAUCACCACUCCCCCAAAACCCACAGACUGCACUGAUGUGCGUCCUCCAAGAGAGAACGGUGAAAGCUGGAAAGAAAGUAGUUGUGUUACAGGAACCUGUCGUGAUGGUCAGGUGACCUAUAACCACACACAGUGUCCACCUUUGGUACCUGUUGUAUGUGAAAAUAACUUCACUGCCAUGAAAGUGUUGGAUGAUGAUGGAUGCUGCUACCACUAUGAAUGCCAAUGUAUCUGCUACGGUUGGGGCGAUCCCCACUAUGUCACCUUCGAUGGCACCUACUAUGGUUUCCAAGGCACCUGCUCCUACUGGCUAGUGAAAGAGAUCUCACCCAAACACAACUUCAGUGUCAUGAUAGAAAAUGCAGACUGUGAAAAAGGAGAGGGCUUGUCCUGUCCCGAGUCUCUAACUGUCUUCUACAACAACUACAAGAUCUUUAUGACUCAAAAACGUAGCAAUGGCAGCUUCAUAAAUGAGAUUUACGUGAAUGAGAAGCGUGUAAAUACUGCAUAUCAGAACAAUGACUUCCGUAUCACCACUACUGGUAUUAAUACAGUACUCGUCAUUCCUAAAAUCCAAGCCAAAAUCACCUUCUCAGGACUCAUAUUCAGUAUCUACCUGCCUUACAAGCAAUUCAGCAGCAAUACCAUGGGGCAAUGUGGCACAUGUGACAACAACCGAAAAGAUGACUGCAUGUUGCCCAAUGGUAACAUUGAUCCCUCAUGUCCUGAUAUGGCAUUUGAAUGGCAUGCCAACAACAGUUACUGUGAACAUGUGGUUCCACCAACCCUCUCGCCGAAUCCCUGCGAUGCAGCCAUCUGUGAGGUCAUCACGAGCAAAGUGUUUGAAGCUUGCCACAAGGUCAUUGACUACAAUCCGUUUGUGGAGGCCUGUAAGUCUGAUGUGUGCGACAAGCACAGUGAACACACUGGCUGCGUCAGCUUGCAGACGUAUGCUGAUAUGUGUGCUGAAGCUGGAGUGUGUAUCGACUGGAGGGACGCGACCAAUGGAAUCUGUGAAUAUAAUGUCCAAGUCCUAAAGUGUAUAAGGCGUGUGGGCCGAUGGUGGAGCCUACCUGUGAAUCCUGGUACAAUCAGAAAUUUAUCUACACCACUGAUGCAUUCAGUGCCAUGACAACCCAGAUGCUGGAGGGUUGUUACUGCCCGAAUGGGACCAUCCUCCUGUCUUCUAACUCAGAUAAAUGUGUGCCCAGCUGUGAUAUUUGCUUGCUUCCAAAUGGAAAAUGGAAGAAGCCCAAUGAGACGUGGACAGAUGGCUGUGACCAGUGUGUGUGUGAGGAUGA